UGUCUGUGAUCGCGAUGUGGAAAUUGCCAGUUUUGUCAUAUUGGUGUGAUUAGUAAUAAUUGCGAUGAUAAUUAUUUGCAACAAUUUGUUUUUGGGCGUGCAUAAUAUGAUGCACUCAACAAAAUAAUUGCAAUUUAUGAAAAACUGUAUCCUCAAUGUCCAUUCAACUAUUCCAUGACAUUUAAAAUAUAUUAAUUUAAUGACUGUGUAUAUCAAGUGAAUAAUCAAUUUAAUGUGAACAACCGAAAAUUAACAUGUAUGAUUUCUGAUGUAUCUUGAAAAUAAUUGAUAACUUUCAACAUGAAGCCCCGUAUUGAAUACAACGAGUGUUUGCGCGAUUCACCAGCUUUUCGCAAAUAUUUGGAGGAAGAAGAGGCAUCAAUCGAAAACUUGGAACAGAAAUUAGAUCGAACCUUGAAGUUAUGCACCCUUAUGAUUGACAGCGGUAAAGAAUACGUUAAAAAUCAAAGUGUAUUCGCUACUUCGCUGUGGGAGCUACAUUCACACUUCAAGGAAAACAAAGUUGCACAAAAUGCAUUAUGCAAAAUCAUUACAUGCUUCCAGGAAAUGAACAAAUUUCAAACGAUAUUAUUGGAUCAGGCAAGUUGUAUAAUUUUGAAAAACUUGACAUCAUUUAUAAAAACCGACAUCAAAGGAGUUAAAGAAACUCGAACACAUUUUUGUAAAGUCUCUGAAACCUAUGAUGCUGCGAUAAUUAGAAACGCCCAAGCAAAUAAGAAUCGCCUGGUCGAAGUCAAUGAUGCAGUUAAUACUUUAUCCGCUUCGUCGUCGUGCUUUCGACACAUAGCACUUGACUACGUGUACUCUUUGACAUCCCUACAAUCGAAAAAAAUGCAUGAAAUUCUGUCAACACUAUUGAGUUAUUACAAAGCCUGUAAUACUUUUUAUCAUCAAGGAUAUGAUCUGUGUAAAGAUUUUGAAGAUUUCUUCAAUGGAUUUAGUAACGAGAUAUCGGCCAUGCAAUUUGAAUCGAGUCAACUUGAGAAAACGAUGCAGAAUCGUCAUUUGAGUGUGGGUCAGUUUUCUGAACCUCCCAGUUUUCUAACCGAUACGACAUCGGCAACGACGACACCAGUCACAACAACAACAACAACAACAACAACAACAGCAGCAGCAGCACUUGUUCUAACUCCGCAAUUCGAGGGGUAUCUUUUCAAACGAAAUUCGAAAGGAUUCAAGACAUGGAAUCGACGGUGGUUUAUGUUACGUGACAAUCAACUGCUCUACGUCAAACGUGAUGGGAAGGACGAAGUGCCAACAGUAAUGGAGGAAGAUCUUCGUAUUUGUACUGUGAGACCAGUAAAUGAUAAUGACAGAAGAUUUUGUUUUGAAGUAAUUUCUCCACUGAAGAGCCAUACACUUCAGGCAGACUCUAAAGAAAUUCUGAAUGCUUGGAUAUCAGCCUUACAUAAACGGAUUGAUGCAGCUAUUCAUGGUUAUAAAGAAAAUGACCGGAGGAAUACGCUGAGUGAAACUCUGCCUGGUGCGAAACGAAUUCAAAAAAUAAAAUGUGAAGAGUUUUACAAAAUUCCUGGGAAUGAUACAUGCUGUGAUUGCAAAUGUGUGGAGCCGCGAUGGGCAUCUAUAAAUCUUGGAAUUACGCUUUGCAUUGCUUGCUCGGGUGUUCAUCGUAGCCUAGGAGUUCAUUAUAGUAAAGUGCGUUCACUAACAUUAGAUGCCUGGGAACCGGAGAUAGUAAAAGUCAUGAUGGAACUCGGUAACAAUGCAAUUAAUGACAUCUAUGAAGCCAACUACAGCGAACAUAGUGCAGGAAGACCUGAUGAUGAAUCUCAAUCAACACAUGUACGCCGAGCUACGAGUGAUUGUGAUAUUAAUGUACGUGAAACUUGGAUUAAAACAAAGUACAUUGAUAAGGCAUUUGUGAUACCAACCAGCUUAUUAAAUGCCGAAUAUGAAACGAUACAGAAGAGAUCGAGCACAUUGAAAGAUAUUAUCUUGAAUAAAAAUGGCUGGUUUGUUCGCCCAACUCGACGUACACGAAUUAAAUUACGAACUACGGAAAAAUCGUCGGCAACUUCUGCAGCGGAAAAAUCUUCUGAUGGCAGUGAACUUUCAAUUGAUUCAAAUCAAACCAUUGACUUGAGUUUUGGUUCGGACAAUAAUUCGACAGACGAUGAAGAUGAAGAUGAAGACGAAGACGAAGAUGAAGACUUAUCGCACAGAACGUCAGAUGGAAAUUUAGACGAUUUUAAUAGCGAUAUGAUUUUAUUUAAAUCUACCAAUAAACACAAUUUACCAGUCAUGUGCUAUGCCCUUGCAAGUGGUGCUUCCAAAAGUUGGGUGAAUCCAAUGAACUUACAACGAUCUUCGCUCCACCAAGCCAUUUUAUCGAAUUCAGUUACUGCAUGCGAAUUUCUCAUCUUGAAUGGUUUCCCUAUCAACGCUGUGGAUGCAAAUGGCCAUACUCCUUUGCACUUGGCAACUGAAAGAGGAUUUACUGCCCAGGCAUAUCUACUAUUGAAACAUCAAGCGAAACACGAUGUAGUUUCAAACGAUGGGAAAAGACCUAUAGAUAUCGCUGUUGAGCAGGCAAAUGCUGAUAUUGUAACUUUGCUCCGGUUGACAAGAUUGAAUGAAGAAAUUCGGAUGGAGGAACAUGGAACCGGGGAAGGAGAUACAUAUAAUGACGUUAUGAAUGAUUUUUCUCGAUUUGCUGUGAGUCAACCGCACAAGUUACAACGAGCUACAUUGCCAUUGGAAUAGUUCCAGCUCUAGAAUCGAAAUGCUGUGGAGCAAUUAGAAUUUAAUGUAUUUAUAUUAAAAUCAAUGGUUUACUUAUAAUCUCGUAUAGGUCUGUAAAUUUUAAAUUUUUAAAAAGUUGUAAUGUGUUUCCAAUUGUGACAUUCCUUUUUGUAUUCUGAAUCAAAAGAAAAGUAUUCAAAUUUUUUUUUAUAAAUUAGUAUCAAUGGUCGAUUACAUAGUUUCCACAAUAGUGUAUGUUCCAAUAAAACGGGAUUUUCAAUCGUAA